CAGCGGCUCGACGUCGAAGAAGAGACGACGCGACGGCCACGGCGGCGGCGUCUCCACGCUGAUGUACGCCGCACAGCAGGGCGACGUCGAACGCGUACGCCGUAUACUCCGCGCCCAGUCAACUAAUUUGUUCGAGAGGGAUCGAAGUGGCAAAUCGGCGUUGCACUAUUCCAGUACCAGCGAUAACAUAAGGGCUGCACAGGCUGCCGAUCUUCUGGUGAUGGCGGCGCCAGAUCUGAUUGAAACACACGACGAGGAUGGUUUUACACCGCUACAUCUUGCAGUUAUUGCCGGUAACAUGCAGUUAGUCACAUUUCUGUUGGCUAAUAAUGCAGAUGUCAACGCUUUGGACAAUGAGAAACACACCGUGGUACACUGGGCAACCGUUUGUGGUGAAACGGCGGCACUGCGCGCUGUUCUGGCGGCAGGGGCGCCCGUCUCCACUCCCGACGUCCACGGUGGUUAUCCCCUACAUUAUGCCGCCCAAAUGUGCGGAGGAGACAAGGACUCAUCCUUGGGUAUGCAGGUACUGCAGACGCUUCUGGCCCACGGCGACGUCUCGGUGAAAGUGAUGGACGGCGACAAGCGUCAACCGUUGUUGUGGGCGGCAAGCGCCGGUUCCGCGAAAGCGGUGCUGGCACUGAUCAGAGCUGGGGCGGAUGUGGAGGCCUGCGACAAGGAUGGCUUGACUGCUCUUCACUGUGCCGCCUCCCGCGGUCACACGGAUACCAUAGAUACAUUGCUCACUCUCUGCGGUGCCUCUCCCGAUGUCAUUGACACUAAUGGAUGUACUGCGCUUCAUUAUGCUGUCACCCUUGGACAUGCCGACGCGACUGCUCUUCUCCUAGCACAUGGUGCAGAUCCUAACCGCCAAGAUAGGAAAGGACGAAGUCCAGCCCAUUGUGGUUGUGCCAAAGGACAAUUCGAAACAGUAAAACUAAUUGGAGCGCAUGGUGCAAACUUGUGGUUGAGGAACGCAAGAGGUGACUUGCCUUUGCACGACGCAGCCGCAUCAGGGAGGCGUGAGCUCGUCAAAUGGCUGCUGGAGAUGAGACCAAGCCAAGUAAAUUCUCGCAAUAAUGAUGGACGGUGUCCUCUUCAUAUGGCUGCACUACACGACAAUUCCGACAUGUGUAAGAUUCUGUUGGAUGCCGGAGCUCAAAUAAAUCCAAUUUUACGGACCUCCAAGAAUGUGUUCAUGACUCCGUUGGAUUGCGCUCUCCAACGAGGCUUCCGUUCCACCGCUAAGUACCUCCAAGUUCACGGUGGAGUUCCAGCCAGUCGAUUGGGAGACGGACGAUUUCAACAAGCUGGAGGCAACAGUGCGAUGAGUCUGCAGAUUCGGGAUGACGUUACUUUUUGGGGUGAUACUAGCUCGGAUAGUGAAAGAGAAAAUGGUCUCGACACAGACAAGAGUGGAAGAAAGACAUUUCGCAAGAAGUUAGCCUACAAGUAUGACAGAAAGAAACCGUCUAUAUCAGGAAGCGAUAUUGAGAUGGAAAAAAUGAAGUCCAAAAAAUUAGAAGCACGCAAAAUGAAAGAUAAGGGAAGAAGUAGCAAGUCAACAAGUCGAACGAACACAUCUGCAAUUGAUUCCAGAAAAAGCAGUAGUCGACUCUCUUCCAAAAGUCAGUUGGAUUAUACUAACGAAAUUGUGAUAAAUGGCACAACGGAGAUAAACAUUCACCAAACUAAAGAAAUUAUUAUAGAGCCGGGCAGUGAGAUACGAGAUACAACACAAACUGACGUUUAUCUUCCCAGUGAAUCUCCUCAAAUUGAGAAAGAUAAGAGACCGAAAAGCGCAAAAUUUAGUAAAAUUAAAAGUAGUUCAAGUAGGGAAGCUAGUUCUAAAGAUAAAAGUGGAAAGAAAUUAGUUGGUAUUUUAAAGGAUCAGAGCACAAAUACGUCGGAUGAAACAACUGAAACUGUUAUUGAUAAUUUUAAAAAUAAGAUCAAUGUCGAAAGCACGAUCAAAUUAAAUGGCAAAACACUUACUGAUUUUCAUGAUCAACAGUCUAUGAUUUCCAAUACAAGUGAAGAUGUUGAGGAACCUCGUGACAUCGUUGUGGAAGCGUCAGUUCAUGCUCCUCCAAAAGAACACGAAUUAGAGAUAAAAACAGAAAUUGAUAUUAAUAAAGAGGCGAUUGAACAGGAAACUAGAACUGAUGAAAAUGAGAAGUCCAAAAAGGAUGUUAGUGAUAUAGAAUCUAAAAUAUUAGGGGAACUGGUUACAGAGGAAAUUGAAAGAAAAGAAACCCAGCAAGAAAAAGCUCAACCCGUGUCAGAGGAGAUGACAGAACAGACUUCCACAGAGAAAGACAAGCCAGUUAUAGAUGAUAAAAUUGAAAAAGUUGCAUCUCCUAAAGUCGUUUCUCCAGAAGCAAAGUCUGUUGUAGAAACAGAAGAGGCAGAUGUAAAAGACCCAGAGGUUGCAAUUGAAUCUAUAACAAUAUCUGAGAAAAAAGAUGAAACAGAAAAAGAACAACUCGAAAAAGAAAAAGAACAACUAGAAAAAGAAAAGGAGCUACUCGUAAAAGAAAAGGAACAACUCUUAAAGGAAAAAGAACAAAUUGAAGAAUCAUUGAGGGAAAAAUCAGAAGAGAUAAAACCAGAAGAAUUGCCCACAGAACCAGUCACCAUACCUGAUCCAGUUAUAGAAACGGAAAAAGGUGAUGAUGAGAAAACAAACGCAGAGAAAGCAGAUCUUGUUAAAGUACAGUCCGAGUCUCCAUCUGUUGAUCAGAUAAGUGGUAAAGAUGAAUUGGAUAAGACUGAGGACAAGGCUAUACUCCAAAUAAUCCGUUCCGAAGACGAAAUAUCGGACAGUACGAAAGUGGGUGAUUUAAAAACAGGUGCGAUACUAAAAAUUAUCAAGUCCGAUGAGGAAGUCUCAGAAAAAACAGGUCAGAAAGAAGUAAAAAUUAAAUCAUCUAAAGAAAAAUCUGUGAAGAGAGGUAAAUUGGUCAAAACAAAGCGAAGUGAAGAUAUUCCGGACGAAGAUCUCACAAGUAUUUCUAGUGAAUCAAGUUCCUCGGCUCACAAAUCACACAAAAGCUUUCAAAUUUUAGAUAACGGGGCAAUUACAGAAGACAAAAGGACUGUCGUAAAAAGUCGGAAAUCAAAAACUGGUAAAGACAAAGAACACAGACCAAAAUCUGAAGAAUCUAAAGUACAAGAACCUGGUGUCCAAGAACGAAAAUUGAAGAAAAGCAAAAUUCCGACUCUUGUAAGCAGUAAAGAUCUGUCGAAAAGUGACAAAACGAUAGAUCGCCUGGAAAAAUACGAAAGAAAAACAAAAUCCAGUAUGGAAACUCGGGUGCCUUCGUUGCCUAACAUCGAUGACAAAGCUCAAUUGCGUGUGAUUCCGAGGUCGGACUCGAAUCUGUCAGCUCCACUUCUUACAUCGCUAUACAGCGAUAACGAACGUGGUAGCGCCUCGGAUUUUGAAGAGGAGCGUCGAAGCAGUUCGUUACGAAGGCGCAGAACAAAGAGACGGCCUAAGACAAGAGAAUCACGUAGCGCAGGCAGUGAUUACGAGAGCAGCAACUUGAUAGAUUCGGGAUUUGAACCCAGUCCAAGGAGCACCAGAGUACAUAGAUGGAAGAAUAUGACGGACAGAGGAGUUAACAUGAAAACGGUUACCCAGACCAUUCAGUCGAAUAUCAGAAGAUACCACUUGGAACGUAAAAUCUUCCAGCAUCUGCUGGAAUUGAAACGUUACCAGAUCCGUUCCAAUCAGCACAACGAAGCAAUGCUCGUCAAACGUGCAAUUGACGCAUACCAUCAGAGUUGCGCAGCUACUGUAGGUGCUGGUCGCUAUGUGGCUGAUGACUAUACGUUCAAGAGCUUUGAGAAGUUUUUGUACGAAUCGUUACGCAAGCUGCAGAAGAACGGUGCAGAAUAUAUGAAGGGACUGCCGGAAACGCCGAAUCCCCUUCACUGCACAAAGACUACAAACCGGUGUCUUCAUACCACCCACGCUUAUACCGGAGUGCCUUGCGCUGCAUAUUUGCCUAAAAUGGAUCACCAUUCUAUCCCGAAAAUAGGAUUCGAGGAUUCGUGCAAGCCUGGCACCGGAUUCCUGCCGACGAUCAAUCCGAAAAAAGCUGUUACAUUGGAACUGACACAUGGACCGGACAAACAAAUCAUAUCACUGCCAACGGAUCGUUUGGAUCAAAACAAACGGUACUACGUUACAUUCACCGUCAAGGGAAAUGGCAACUCAUCAUCGCCGGAUGAAAACCCCACCAAUUUGCACACACAUUCUAAGAGCGAUUAAUAUCCAUUUUCUUUCUCUCAAUUUGUUAUUGGAUGCAAUUUUAUCGUGUUUGUGUACAGUACAAAGUUUAAUAAACAAUAUGUUUCUAAUGA